ACAGAUUGGCGCCAACUGAGGGCUGCAUUGUUAACCGAAUAUAACAUCGCGAGUUUCACUCGAGGUUCAUCUUAUAAAGAAAGCGAAAUAUGAUGUCAGUCUUCUCUUUCAGGACCUUCUUAUCCAUCGUUUGGCGCCCAAUAAUACCGAUUCAAGCUGAUACGAAUGCUAUGCAAACUCUGCAACGAGCAUCGGCAUUGGGUCGGCACACGGUCGGCGAUCUCGGAUGUUGAUGAAAGGCGGUGGAGAGUUGACAGUAUUAAACGGGAGAAGCCUGUACGCUGCAAACACGAUUACGACAGUCUUGUAUGGUGCCGAUAUAUGCAUGUACUUUAUGUCUGUUCACCUCCUACUCAAAAAACCACCACGCGAGCGCCGCUGGAACGCCCUUUACAUCUCAUUUGGAGCUAUUCUACUCAUUUUACUCACCAUCUACAUCUCCUGCAAUUUUCACUUCGGUCAACUUCUUUGGAUCAAUCGUCGCGACGUGAAGGGAGGUCCCGCUCAAUGGUAUAAAGACAACCUGAAUUCAUGGCCACUUAUUUUGGGAUCGGCAUGUGCCACAGUUGCGAAUAUCAUGGGAGACGGACUUUUACGUUGUGGUUUACCUAACGGGAGUCUUGUAGCAGCGUCCGUUCUUGCAACUGCUGAGAGCGGAGCAGGGAAUGGCACAUUUUGGACAGGUUUAGCAGGGACUUUCGACAUGAUAUGGGCUGCCUCUACCGCAUUGUUCAAUGUUUGCGUCAGCUCGUUGAUAUGCUACCCCCUCCUUCGCAUGUACUGGGACCUUCGUGUCAGCAUGCCACAACGCCAAGAUCUCAUGAACACGUACUCAGCUAUCGUGUCAAUGAUAGUGGAAGGGACGCUACCCUUUACGGUUAUCAGUGUCGUCUUCUUUGUGCUGUUACUUUGCUGCAGCGAAGUAGCACCUGGCAUGGCUCAUGUCUGGAUCGCGACUUGUUUUAACGAGUGGAAGGAGGGAGAAUGGGAAAUCAAAGGCGAAUUCGAAGCUACUAUGCGGGAAAACGAGAAACAAGGCCUGAAGAUAUCCAAGUCAAUGAUGGCCAGGGUAAAGGACAAGCCAGGCUGGCAAAUGACUCCUGUCGGUAAACGCAAGUUGCAACUCCGACGCCCUCUAGAAAUGACUUUCACUGAUCCGGGCCUCAGGCUUGCCUCGUCUUCUUGGCGUCUUUCGUUCGGCCUGAGCGCGUUUCCUUCGGUUUUGCAUAUCCAUUGCGUGCAUUUCAUCUUCAGCAACGUGCUUAGGCUGUGCAAGCGAGGUUUACGCUCUUUUGCCGCGCAUAUCGCAUAUGUGGGAACGCCCCCUACGGAACCACAAUUACCUUCCAUGCCUCGCGAUUGAAGGGAUGUCGAAACUCGUAUUUAGUAAAGGCAACAGGCAUGCGCCCACCCUAGAACACUGCGCCUCCGUGCCUCCGUGCCGUGGGGAACUCCCAAAAGUCUAAACGCGCAACCCGCGCGCUGGAAGGCCAAUCCCUUGACGACGGCGGUGAUCUACGCUGCAUUCAUGAGAACAUUCAUUGAGCAAGUUCGGAAGACACCUUCGAUUUCGUGCUGCUCUUUCAUUCCCGUCGUCCGCACAAGGAAAACACGUUCAACGGUCAUUAACUCGAGCUCUUGUUGGUGCACUCCGAACGCGUUGUUCGCUUCCGAGCACCACCGUUGGUGUGAGGCAGAUGCAGAAGUCGUUCUCAGUGUCUUCGCACAGUCGCUCCGCCCUUGUUGCGCUUCUUCCCUGGGUUUGGCAGGCCGCACUCGGCCUGGAGUAGGAAACAU